AUGAUACCCAAACACCAACAAUCUCCUUUGAAUCUCUCUUUUCAAGUUUUCAGCUCCAGACCUAUACUGGUCACUCAAAUCAAACCGGGAAUUGCAAUUUCGGACUGGUGUCGCCCGACACACUCUCCCUGGUGUCGCUCGACACCAAACAAAAAUCUCAAUUCUUUGAGUUACGGAUGUAAUAGAGGGGGUGGUGGUUCUCCGGUGGAAAGCUCUGCAAAGCCAAAUCCGUUAAGGACAGGGUCCGGUGAAGCUUCCUCAAGCUUGUGUGUGCCGUUUUCCUUCUCCUCCUCUCUUCACAGUGGUUUGACGGUGGUGGAUUCAUGGCGGGUUAGUCUGCUCGGUGGCGGUGGUGAAGUUCUAGAGAGUUUGAACUGA